AUGUCCGCAGACUGCGUGUCUUCGCCGGCUCAGUCCUAUAAUCUCUGCUGGCCGGAAAAACUGCCCAGAUUGACCAUGGCGGCGGGAACAGUACCGAUGAAGAGAAUAAAUUCGGGAUCGCAGGGGCUCGAAGUAUCAGUUCAAGGACUUGGAUGCAUGAGCAUGUCUGUCGGUUGGAGUGAUCCUGGUGGCCCAGGGAUGUGGAAGAAGAGAUUGUCCCUACGGGCAGGAACAACCAAGAUUGAAAACUUCAAUCAGAACAUUGGACCUUUCUCGUUGGAACUGACACCAGAAGAAAUGUCCGAGCUUGAAUCCAUUGCUGCAGCAGAGGCUCUGAAGGGUGAUAGAUAUGGAGAAGGUAUAUUAACAUUGAAGAAUUCCGACACUCCACCUCUUUCGUGGUGGAAACCCAAUGGCGAAUAA